GUCACACUGCUACAGCCACCACCACCACCACUUUCACCGCCAUCACUGUCACCGUCACCAGAAUCCCGAUACUGCUCACCGCGAGCUCGAUAACACGAUCCCUGAGCUCAUCGAGCAGCUUCACCAUGGCGGACCUCGUAGGAUCAUCGUCCGAAUACACGCCCAAGUUCGCGCCGUUUCUGGGCAUGGGCGGCAUCGCUUUUGCCAUGAUCUUUGGAUGCAUGGGCGCAGCAUAUGGAACGGCCAAAUCAGGCAUUGGAAUUGCGAAUGUUGGUGUUUUCAGACCGGACCUGAUCAUGAAGUCUCUGAUCCCAGUGGUCAUGUCGGGAAUCAUCGCCGUGUACGCGCUUGUGGUAGCAGUGUUAAUAGCGGGCAACAUGAAAGCGCCACCGGGACAGCAUUACAGCUUAUACAACGGGUGUAUGCAUCUAGCCUGCGGCCUGUCAGUCGGCUUGACAGGAUUAGCAGCAGGCUAUGCGAUAGGAAUAGUGGGCGAUUCUGGAGUACGCGCGUACAUGCAACAGUCACGGAUUUUUGUCGGAAUGGUGCUCAUUCUCAUCUUCGGCGAAGUGCUGGGACUUUACGGCUUGAUUGUGGCGCUCAUCUUGAACACGAGAGCGGCUGGUUAGGGCAUUGGUGACUACUAUCCUUUCGCCUCACGUAUGCGCCUGGGUCCUAUAUCGCAUGAUGAGAUGGCUCGCGUGGCAUCUCUGCCUACAGCCAGGAGGCAGCAAGAAAUAUGUGAAACCAGUUGGUAAUUGGGAUACCCUUCACAUAAUCGGCCGCUAGCCACAGUACAUGUACACAUAUCAGACAGGAACGAGAGUUGCGACAGGCAGCUAGAUACAGUACUGUCAAUUUUGCAGUCUCCGAUUUGUUCUUAGUAUAAGCCAGCGUGGCGCAAAGGUUAGGGAGACAUUGUAUGAAUGAGCAGAACGAAUGGCCUUCCCACCGCGAUCUG